GCAAUAAUGUAUUUAGAUGCGCUCCGUUGUACCAUUUUAAUCUUGAGCUCUGACCGGAAUGCAGCGAGACCAGGCGGACCGGAGUCAAUCACACUGAUAACAUUUUACUAUUUACACAAUAGUAAAACUUAAAGGAGAAGGGGUGGCAUCUGUAGUACGGUGGCUCCUCAGGGAAGCAGAGAUGCCUUCUUUGGAACCAAACCCGAAUGGGGCCCUCGCUCUGCACUAUGCUGCAGCGAGAGGCUGCCUCGACUGUGCAAGACUGCUGGUCGACACGAGCACUGGCCUGACGGCGAACACUCAGAUGGAGAACGAUGUGACGCCGGUCUAUCUAGCGGCGCAGGAAGGACACCUCGAAGUGCUCAGGUUUCUCGUCCUCGAGGCUGGAGGGUCUUUGUACAUAAGGGCGAAAGAUGGAAUGGCCCCUGUCCACGCUGCUGCUCAAAUGGGCUCUCUCACAUGCCUCAAAUGGAUGAUCGAAGACCAAGGAGUUGACCCGAACCUGAGAGACGGCGACGGCGCGACCCCUCUGCAUUUCGCAGCGUCCCGGGGACACGUCGACUGCGUCAAAUGGCUCCUGAGACACGGCGCCCUUCUUCUUCAGGACAACUACGGCAAAAGUCCCAUAAACGACGCUGCGGAAAAUCAGCAGAUGCAGUGUCUCAACGAAUUGGUCCAGCACGGAACUAGUCCCGACUACAGCGAAGAUGCGAGGAGGUACGGCAGGUUCCACGGAUGCACUUGCAGAAUCGCCGACCCGACGAAUAGGUGCUCAUAUGCGGAUUGCGUCAACUAUUCGACUCCGCAUGAACCGUUUUAUCUACACACGACAAAAGAGAACGCUUACAUGACUCCAAUUGGAAGCACAGGCCAAGAUCCGUUUUAUUUGCACAAACCCGGCCAGUUCAGCACCGGUUAUCACCGUGUACGAGAACUCUUUGGCAUAACUUUGAACAGCACCUCUAGGAUUGAACUGCCUCAGACGCCUCCUCCACCACCCCCUAGCCAGCCUAGUCCUCAGUCACAAGGAAAUCGAACAACAGUGAGAGUGGAGGUGCAUCACAACGGGGACGAAAAAGAAGAAGACGAUGUAUCAGCAGCUGGAACGGAUGUCACACUGGAACCGGAGACGGUUCCGCUCGAGUCAUUGCCCGCAGCACCUAUGCCGCCUUCCACGCCUCCGAUCGUCGUCGCGACUGAGCUGCCACCGCUGCCGCCGCAGAUCGAGCAGGAGGACGAAGGAAGAGGAAGUACAAUCAUCGAAGAACACGACUACGAAGACAUAUAUAGCGUAAAGGGUAGGGAUUCUGGCUCGCAUUCAAGGAGCCCUUCCAUGUCUUCCGCACAAUCGGACACACCCGUGGUUAUAACGGCGACAAACGAUUCAUCAGAAUCUGGCGUUUCUAGCCCUUCGCCAUCCGAACUCGGCAGUAAAUCGGAAUCAGAAGAACCGGAAAAGGCGAAACUUGAGCUACGCCACUCUCUACCGCACCAAACAUCACAGAAUAGCAGGUCUCUGAAAAGGGUGGUCUCCGUCCCUCUGGGCAUUUCACCGCCUCCACCGCCUCCUCCGCCGCCAAGCGAGGACAGCUCACUGACUGGGAUACCCUCGCUGCCUCCGCAGAGCCAGCAGCCUCCGACGCCUCCUCAACAGGAAGCACAGACCCAGCCGAACGCACAGAACAACGGUGAUGGAAUGCCAGGGGGCCAGAUAGGGCAUUUGGUCAACAAGCAGAUGGUCCUGCCGUUCAUUCCUCCUAAGUUCGGGGAAGGACACGACCCGGAAGCGUUGAUCAAACCGUCCGAAUACCUCAAGAGUCUUCAGGGCGGGGCGCCGCCGCCGGCAGCACAGUCCGCUCAGCAGACGCCGGCCGUUCAGCAUACAGCAAGCGAAGAUGCUGCCCCUCCUCCGCCAGCCCCAGGGCCCCCACCUCCGCCUCCGCCACCCCCGCCACACCAACCCCUCUCCACGAUCAGCAUUCAGGACAUUACAAGUGUUCAGCUGAAACGGACUAAGAACCCCGCAGUGAAGACGAUGUCCUGUCCUCAUCCAUCGCUACCAGGGACAGUGGAGUCCCCCUUUCAGCACGCCAAAGAGGACCUUAUCGCGGAGUUGAAGCUUUCGAAGGACAUAUCAGGGAUCAAAAAGCUCAAAGUGGAAAGAGUCAAAAUGGAGGAGAAACAAGAGAAGGAAAUAGCAUCGACAAUAUCGAAGAAAUUCACGGUCGACUCUUUUGUCGAAAAGGUACCAGAUAAAGAUUCAGCAGGCAAUCCGAUACCAGCCUGGAAAAGACAGAUGCUUGCUAAGAAAGCAGCUGAAAAGGCCCGGAAAGAGAUGGAAGAGGAACUAGCAAAAGAAGCCGAAUUAAAAAGACUGCAGGCAAUACCAGCCUGGAAAAGACAUCUUCUGCAAAAGAAAGUCCCCCAGACAAACAGCUGUACACAUGAAGAGACCAAACCAACACCAGUGCCAGAGAAUAAAGAAAAUAAACUACCGGAAGUCAAACCGCUUGAAAAGAAAGACGACAGAGAUGAUGAAGUGGCGCAAAUUAUUCCUUGGAGGGCACAGCUCAGGAAGACAAACAGCACGCUGAACCUUCUCGAAUGAAUUCAUUUCUUUAGAUGUGAAAUUAAAAUUCGUCAGUGAUACAGGGGGUGUCAAGGAGGCAUUAGAAUUUUACUAAUUGAUAUCUCAUGAAAAAUUUCUUGUUAAGUUAAAAUUCAGUGCUAGAUAUCAACUUUGUUUCAGUCUAAUGCUCUCUCUACCCUCUAGAAAGCCUGAGAUUUUCGCCAGGAUGUUGGCAAAGCUGCCUUGUAUUGAACUUCAGGGUUUCUUUGUGGAAAUCUUUGAAGUUUCGGCCUUAUACCAUCUCCCACUCCCCUCAUAUGUAUAUAACUGAAACCCGAAUUUCAAUCAAUGAUUAUAAAAAAAACUUUUUUAGCAAAAUU